GAGUAACAACAGAAGGCAGCACAAUUUGAAAAGAAAAACAGCAUUUUACCGAGAUGUCCAUGAAAUGGAUCUCAGCUCUGCUGCUGCUACAAUUGUGUUGUUGUUUUAGCUUUGGGAGCAGUGGAAAGGUGCUGGUAUGGCCAAUGGAGUACAGCCACUGGAUGAAUAUGAAGAUCAUUGUAGAGGAACUUAUCCAGAGAGGACAUGAUGUGACAGUUCUGAUACCUUCAAGCUUUAUUUUUCUUGAUGUUAAUGCAUCAUCUGCUAUUAAAUUUGAAACAUUUACUGCAUCUAUCAGUAGACAACAACUGGAAGACUUUUACAUGCAGUUCAUCACUAAGUGGAUGAAUGUAGGAUCAAUACAUACAUGUUUGGAGUAUUCUCCAGUAAUGCAAGACACUUUUAGGGAAUAUUCUGGGGUUUGGGAGAAUGUUUGUAAAGAAGCAGUUUCAAAUAAGAAACUUAUGACGAAACUACAAGCAUCAAAAUUUGAUGUCCUUCUUGCAGAUCCCGCUGCGCCCUGUGGAGAGCUGGUGGCUGAGCUAUUGAAACUACCUUUUGUGUACAGUCUUCGCUUCUCCCCUGGAUUCCAUGUGGAAAAAGCUGCUGCAGGGCUUCUAUUUCCUCCUUCUUAUGUACCUGUUAUCAUGUCAUGCUUAAGUGGUCAAAUGACUUUCAUGGAAAGGGUGAAAAACAUGAUAUGCAUGAUUUAUUUUGACUUUUGGCUUGAAACAUUUAAUAAGAAAAAUUGGAACAAGCUUUACAGUGAAACUUUAGGAAAACCCACUACAUUAUAUGAGAAAAUGAAACAGGCAGAUAUGUGGCUUAUUCGGAGCUACUGGGAUUUGGAAUUUCCUCGCCCUACCUUACCAAAUGUUGACUUUGUUGGAGGACUCCACUGCAAACCUGCCAGACCUCUACCUAAGGAAAUGGAAAACUUUGUGCAGAGCUCUGGAGAACAUGGAGUUGUGGUGUUUUCUCUGGGGUCGAUGGUCAGUAACAUGACAGAAGAGAGAGCAAAUGUGAUUGCUUCAGCCCUUGCACAGAUUCCACAAAAGGUUCUUUGGAGAUUUGAUGGCAAGAAACCAGAUACCUUAGGACCCAACACUCGGUUGUUCAAGUGGCUCCCCCAGAAUGACCUGCUUGGUCAUCCAAAAACCAGAGCUUUUGUAACGCAUGGCGGAGCCAACGGUGUUUAUGAGGCAAUCUACCAUGGAAUCCCUAUGGUGGGCAUUCCUUUGUUUGCAGAACAAUAUGAUAACAUUGGUCAAAUGGAGGCUAAAGGAGCAGCUGUUAAGCUGGAAUUCAAAACACUAUCAAGGACAGAUUUGCUAAAUGCACUGAAGACAGUCAUUAACAACCCUCUCUAUAAAAGCAACGCUAUGAAGUUAUCAACAAUUCACCAUGAUCAGCUAAUGAAGCCCCUGGACCGAGCAGUCUUCUGGAUCGAGUUUGUCAUGCGCCACAGAGGUGCCAAGCACCUGCGGCCACUUGCCCAGAACCUCACCUGGUACCAGUACCACUCUUUGGAUGUGAUUGGCUUCCUGCUGGCUUGUGUGGUGACCGUUACUUUCGUUGUCAUAAAAUGUUGCUUGUUUUGUUUUCAAAAUUUUGCCAAGGUAGGAAAGAAGAAAAAGAGGGAGUAGAGUCUUUAGGGUGUAUGGCAUUAGAAGUUCGAGCAUUUCACUUAAUUCCACUGUCAUGAAUCAGUCAUUACAAGAUGGUACUCCAUUAUUUAUAGGACCUUUGCCCUCUUGAUUUACCCAUAAUUUUAAUGCUAUUUAAGGCAGGCAUACUUCAAAUUUCAGUGUUCCCAUAAUAAUUCUACUUUAGUUUUAAUAUGUAUUUCAUCAUAAAUUUUAAAAAAGGAGAGUCACUGGAAUCACAUUUUGUUGCUUUGAAAAAAAAAACAGGAAGCCUGAAGAUUUUGUUGUAUUUUCAAAAACAUAUUCUAUUUGAAUAAAAUGUAAUUCACUGGAGUAUUUGUAUAUGUCAAAGAACAUCAGAGGAAGAUUUUUAAUAGUACUGUGGGAGAUUUUAUUCAAAGAACUAAAAUAGAGAAGAGAGACUUCAAUAUAAACUGAUCUCAACUUACUAAGAAAAAUGUGACUAUUAAUCUCAUGGGACUAAAAGGAGACUCUGGGGAAGUGAAGAAGGCAAGCCAAAGGGAAGCAGUGGGCUGUAUAGAAGUGGAAAACUUACAGAGGAAGGAAAAAGAAAAAUUCUGAAAAUGGCCUGUCAAAUGGGGUUAGAAAAAGUACUGUUUGAAAUUUGAGAGAAUCACAUUGGCAUGAGCAAAGAUAGAAGGGGAAGAAUAGGAUCAGCUAUAGGGAUGUAGCCCAUGACUUAGGGCAGAUAGCAUGGUGAGUUUAGUUAAUUUCACAGCAUAUCAUUAAGGCAAAUAUUUUUUCUUGUAGGAUUUUAGCAUUGAAAUCACUUGGAAAAUACAAAGUAUAUCCUAUAAAAUUUCUACUUGAUUUGCACAAUUUUGUUUGUCCAAACUAGCUUCUUUCCUCAAACUUUGUAACCUAGUAAUAUACUUGAUUUGAACAAUAAACAACCUUUUCUGCA